GACAAUUUUUGCUAUUUACAAUUUCUGUCAUGUUAUAUUUAUGUUGCUUAUAAGUUAGAUAAAGUAUAUCAUAAUUUUUUACAUAACUAUAUAAAAUUAUUUAUUGAAAUUUCUCUUUAUAAUAUAUAUAUAUAUUUAAAACAAACAUAGUUAAUUUUAAUACAAAUCAUAACCUAAUAAAUAAGUUAAUAACUUGUAUAUAAACGUCAUCCAAUCAUCGUUGAUAAAUCGUUAUCCACUCUUGUUGCCGAAAAAUGUUUUUUUCUACAGUUCUUUUCCUUAAUCUUAUUUGCAUGAGUUUACGCUUUUCAAUUGGAGCAGAAGUGAUAUUUUUAUUCUUAUUUAUUAUCAAGUGAAGAAGAUUUUGAGGUUAAGAAGAAGAAUGUUGCGAAUACUUUGUUCAAAAUCUUUACAAUAUUCUCAAAUUUUCACUAAAAAUCGUUUAUGCAAAGUGAUACAAUCUAGAAAACUUAAUUUAUUGGAAUAUCAAAGCAAAGAAUUGUUAAGGGACUGUGGUGUUUCUGUACAAAAUUUUACCAUCAUUGAUGACUUAAAUAAAGCUAAUUCUGCACUGGAAAAUUUAUGUGCAGAUGAAUAUGUUAUUAAAGCUCAGGUAUUGGCAGGAGGACGUGGUAAAGGAUGGUUCGACAAUGGUUUUAAAGGUGGUGUACAUCUUACAAAGGAUCCCAAAGCAGUAGUAGAUGUUGCAAAGAACAUGUUAGGUCAUCGACUGAUAACUAAACAAACUUCAAAAGAUGGCAUUUUGGUACAAAAAGUAAUGAUAGCUGAAUCGGUUGACAUUGUUUCCGAAAAAUAUGUUUGCAUUCUGAUGGAUCGACAACAUAACGGACCAGUAUUAAUUGCUUCUCCAGUGGGUGGUAUGGAUAUUGAAACGGUUGCUAAAGAACAACCAGAAUUGAUAAAAACUAUACCAUUGGAUAUAUAUAAUGGAAUUAAUGAUACCAUUGCCGAAGAUGUCAGUAAUUUCUUAGGAUUUAGUGAUCCAGAGAUACAUAAAAAAGCAAUAUAUGAGCUUAAGAGUUUAUGGAAAUUAUUUGUUGACAUUGAUGCAUUACAAGUUGAAAUUAAUCCAUUGGUAUUGACCAAAGAUAAACAAGUUGUCGCGGUAGACGCGAAAAUUUCAUUUGAUGAUAAUGCGCAAUUCAGACAGCAGGACCUUUUUGCUUUAGAAGAUACAAAUGAAAAGGAUCCAAGAGAAGUGGAUGCGUUACAUUUUAAUUUAAAUUAUAUUGGAAUGGAUGGGAAUAUUGGAUGUUUAGUUAAUGGAGCUGGCUUAGCUAUGGCAACAAUGGAUAUUAUCCAAUUAAAUGGAGGAACACCUGCUAAUUUUUUGGAUGUAGGCGGAAAUGUAAAAGAGAAUCAAGUUUAUCAAGCGUUUCGUAUUCUAAGCGAAGAUCCAAAAGUAAAAGCCAUUCUAGUAAAUGUAUUUGGUGGAAUUGUUAAUUGUACUACGAUAGCAAAUGGAAUUAUAGCUGCUGCACAAAAUUUAGGUCUUAAGAUACCUCUUGUCGUUAGAUUAGAAGGUACUAAUGUAAAUGAAGCAAAAAAGAUUCUUAAAGAUUCUGGUUUGCCAAUAAUUACUGCUAAUGACUUAGAUGAAGCAGCAAGAAAAGCUGUUAUGUCUAUAAAAACAUAAGUAUAUAUUACUAUUUUCUUACAACACUACAUUGUGUCAUUUAUCUAGCAAAGAUUGGAAAAUCUAAUUGUGAUCUAAUGUAAUGUGAGAUUUUAAUAUAAAAGAUUCAUAUAAUA